AGCUGAGAGGCCUUUCUUCAGGAGUCUUUUAGACACUCCUACUUCAUUGAAAAGAAAGCGAAACUUGAUUUCUUUUUAUUUGCGCGGGCUUUACUUGGUGGCUUUGCUCUUCCUGCUUUGUUUUAUCAUUUCUAUCUUGGGAAAACUGUUUUUUUGUUCAGUAAAAUGGCAGAAUCCAGUGUUUCUUUGGCUCAGGAGCAUCAGUUUAACUGUUCAAUCUGUGUGGAUCUACUGAAGGAUCCAGUGGCCAUUCCCUGUGGACACAGUUACUGUAUGAGCUGUAUUUCAGGCUACUGGGAUCAGGAUGAGCAGAAGGGAGUCUACAGCUGCCCUCAGUGCAGACAGACCUUCACUCCAAGACCUGCUUUAAGGAAAAACACCAUGCUGGCUGAAGUGGUGGAGAAUAUCAGGAAGAGAAAACUACAAGCUGCUGGUCCUGCUCAGUGUUACUCUGAAUCUGUAGAUGUGGAGUGUGAUGUUUGUACUGGGAGAAAAUAUAAAGCUGUGAAGUCUUGUCUGGUGUGUCUGGAAUCUUACUGUCAGACUCACUUUGAUUGUCAUGAAGAAUUUCACUCUAGAAAGCGACACAAAGUGACUGAUGCCACUGGACGACUGCAGGAGAUGAUCUGCUCUAAACAUGACAGACUGCUAGAAAUGUACUGCAGAACUGACCAGUGCUGUAUUUGCAUGCUGUGCUUGAUGAAUGAACACAAAACCCAUGAAACUGUGUUACCAGCUGAAGAGAGAGCAGAGAAACAGAAACAUUUUAAAGAGACACUUAAGCCAAAAAUGGAGGAGAGACAGGUGGGGUGUCAGAUGCUGAGAGCUGCUGUAAAGUCUCACAAGCGCUCUGCACAGGCAGCAGUGGACAACACUGAGGCAAUCUUUAAUGAGCUCAUCCAGUUAAUAGAGAGAAACCGCUCAAAGGUGACACAAAUGAUCAGAGAUCAGGAAAAGGCUGCAGUGACUGGAGUUGAAGGACAACUGAAGCGACUGGAGCAGGAGACUGAUGAUCUAAGGAGGAGAGACGCUGAGCUGGAGCAGCUUAUAUGCACAGACAACGACAUCUACUUCCUCCAGAGUUUCCAGUCUCUUUCUGUUCCUCCUGGAUCUACAAACUCAUCCAGCAUCAGUUCUCAUGUCUCUUUUGGUGAUUUGGUAACAUCUGUUUCUCAGCUGAAAGAGAAACUGCAGCAGACUGUUAAAGAAGAGAUGAAAAAGUUAUUUCAAACAAGGGAAUGCAUCAGUGUGAUUCCCACCCCUGAAUACCAGAACAGGAACAAUGAGUUUCUACAGUAUUACCAGCAGCUGACACUGGACUCAGACACAGCUUAUAAAUCCCUGAGGUUGUCUGAGGGGAACAGAGUGGCGACCAGGUUAAGAUAUGCUCUGCGGUAUCCUAAUCAUCCUGACAGAUUUGAUCGUUUUGGUCAGGUAUUGUGUACAGAGAGUGUGUCUGGACGCUGUUACUGGGAGGUUGAGUGGAGUGGCAGGGGAGUGUGUGUAUCCGUGUCAUACAAAACCAUCAGCAGAAAAGGAUGGGGAAAUGAAUGUGUUUUUGGAUGUAAUGAUCAGUCUUGGAGUUUGUACUGUUCUGACACCAGAUGUUUAUUCAGGCACAAUAACCAGGGGACUGAACUCCCAAUAGUGUCCAGUUCAUCUAGAAUAGGUGUUUAUGUGGAUCACAGUGCAGGAGCUUUGUCCUUCUACAGCGUCUCUGAUACAAUGAGCCUCAUUCACAGAGUCCACACCACAUUCACUCAGCCGCUCUACCCUGGGUUUGAAGUGUACAAGUGUUCUGAAGUAAAAUUGUGUGAUAAAGCAUAACGGACAGACCUUUUGCAUAUUAGGUGCUUUUUGUAUUAGAGCUGCUUGAUUAAUUGUUAAAACACUGCUAUCUCUCAAAUGACAGCAAUUUGCAUAUCUAUUAAACAUUUGACAAGUAUGAUCACAGUGUUAGUUCAAAUCUGAUUUGAACUCUAACAGAGAGCAGUUGUCAUGUAUAGUUAUGAAGUGUCAUCCCAGCAGGCACAACGUCAUAAGACUUUAAUAGUAGGUUAGACUAAGGUUGUGAUCUCAGGUGACCAAAAUUCAAUGUAUGUUAUUUUAAUGUCCAAUACCGACAUCAAAUGCUGUUG